AUGUUGUUUCGGGGGACACCGACGUGCAAACGUCGCCCCUCCGUCACGGCGUUCGGUGGUGUCGUCCACGGCUUCGCCCGCGGCGCCAUCCGCGGCUCCGCCCGCGGCGCCACCGUCCAGGGCAUCGACUCCACCACCGCCUCCAGCGCUGGUCCUUGCCUUGCCGGCUCCACCCCGGCCUCGGUGCCCGCUCCACGGCGAUGGCCCGUGCGGCCGUGCCCACCACCGCCACCAUCCAUGGUGGCCGGCCAAUGGCUGUCACUGGGCAUAGAGCCGCAGUCGCCGAUUCGGUACCCGACGCCGACGCUGUCUUCUGAGCGGGCUGCGCACAGCCCGCCUCCGCGCCGUCCGUCUCCACCAACCAUCGCGGCGCGGAUGUCGGCGCCGACUCGUCUGCCGGUGUACAUCGUCGACCCGGCGCUCGCUGCUCCACCACCACCGCCACCAACUCCGCCCCCGCGACUCCGCCGCACAUGGAUCAACGUCCCCCACGGGCCUUCGGCUCGGGGACGCGCUCCUCCGGCUUGA